AAUGCGUGCACGUCACUCUUGGGUCCAUCUGCGAACGGUGGCAUGGCAGCUUCCUCAGGCGUUGGCGCUGCGGCCGAAAGAGGCGACUCCAAUACAGUGUAUGUGCUGGGGAUGGUCUAGAAGAGGGAAGGGAUGGAUCCUCAGAAUUCUGCAUCUUCGUGACAGUUUAUAACCUGCACCAAAGGCAGACACGCUCCCUGGAGCCCCAAAUAGUGGAAGCACAAUCCAUCUUACUUUUUGGCCACCACACAAGGACAAUGGCUAUGAAACCAGCAUGAGGAGUAAUCAAGGUUGCUGUCAUUUUGGCACACUGCUAUCAUUUGCCUUGACUGGGAUGCCAAUACAGGAUUAUAUAUGCUAUAAAGCAGUAGUGCAUCAAUAUGUGUUACAGAAAAACCCAGCCUUUGGAGGCUAUCCCCUGAGAAGAGAUCCAUUGUACCUAGUCUCAGAUCAAAGACCCAGGCUGUACAAAGGAGAGACUAAACUUUUCAUGAGUAUGCUCGUCCUGAGCCAAGGCAGUUAUGAGUGUGUGAUCACAGGAAAACAUUCUUGGUGGGGUUUAAGGACUUCACGUGCCAGAGCCAUUGUUGGAGUUGGGCUGAUCUCUGAUAGUGAGUGUAUUUUGGAGCCGCUGUCUUUGCCAGAAAGUCCAUGUGGUGUAGCUGCUGUGGAAGAGUCUCCAUCUGUGCCUUGUAUUUUCUGUGAAGAAUAUUUUCCACAAGCAGAACAAGACCAACUUCUGAAGCACAUGAUUAUUGAACACAAGCUUGUCAUAGCAGAUGUCAAGCUGGUUGCGGAUUUCAGAAGAUACAUUUUAUAUUGGAAGAAGAGGUUCACGGAGCAGCCCAUCACAGAUUUCUGUAGUGUGAUAAGAACAAAUUCAGAAGCUCCAGUAGAGGAGCAGGACAAUUAUUUUCUUUUAUGUGAUGUUUUACCAGAAGACAGAUUACUAAGAGAACAGCUCCAGCAAAAGAGACUGAGAGAAAUUCUGGAGCAACAACAGCGUGAAAGAGAUGAUACAAGCUUUCAUAGCAUAUGUAUGUUCUGCGAUAAAGAAUUCACAGGAAACAGGUCUGUUCUUUUCAAUCACAUGGCAAGAGAUCAUGCUUUUAAUGUUGGGCUGCCCGAUAACAUUGUAAAUUGUAAUGAAUUUUUGGCUGCAUUACAGAAGAAACUUGACAAUUUGCAGUGUUUAUACUGUGAGAAAACCUUCAGAGACAAAAAUACACUUAAAGAUCACAUGAGAAAAAAGCAGCAUCGCAGAAUCAAUGCCAAAAAUACAGAAUAUGACAGAUUUUAUAUCAUUAAUUACUUGGAAUUUGGAAAGUCGUGGGAGGAAGUUCAAUCAGAAGAUGACCGAGAAUUGCUAGAUAACCUGGAAGAAGACUGGUCUGAUUGGGAGGAGCAUCCUGUCUGUGCAGUUUGCCUGUUUUGUGAAAAGCAAGCAGACACUACCAAAAAAUUAUGUUUCCACAUGAAGGAAGCACAUGGAUUUGACCUUCUUAAAAUAAAGGCAGAGCAUGGUUGUUGUUUUCUGCCUUUGCCAGGUUUGAAGUUUUAUCAGCAAGUGAAGUUAGUGAACUUCAUCAGAAGGGAAAUCCACCAGUGUCGAUGUUACAACUGCAAGGAGAUGUUUCAGUCUAAGACUGAAUUAAUAAGUCACGUGGAAGUGACCAAACACAUUACAUUCCUGCCAACCAGGUCUACAUGGGAUCAACCACAGUAUUAUUUUCCUACCUAUGAAAAUGAUACACUCCUAUGUACACUGUCAGACAGUGAAGAUGAACUGACAGCCAAGGAUCAAAGCGAAGAUGUCCCUAUCAUUAGUGAAGAUAUUUCCGACCUAGAGGCUCUGAGACAAAGCAGUGUUUUAAACCAACUUCUGCGUGAAGAGAACAACAAUUAAGGAAAGCCUAAACGUUGAGAGAGAGUUUUACUAAUCUUCAGGCAUUCUACCUGCAAGACUAAAAGGAAAAAUCUGAUCUCACUUACAUACUAGUGUGAUUUAGCCCAUGAUUGCUAUAAACACACUGAUUGUAAAUGAAUGGGAAUACCAAAUAAAGAAAAUAGGCAGUAAAAACUGUAUGUAAACUUAUAA